AUGAACCAUAUUUAUAUGAUUUCUACGGCAUACCGCACUUCUAAGCACCGCGUGCAAAUGGAACAACGUAUUCAACGCGUGUUGAUAUUCAUAUUGCGCAUUGUCGCAUUUGUCUUCGAUUUGCUGACAUUACCGGUGUAUUUCGUACUGCAGAAACCAUGGUGGAUUCGUCAUCGAUCCAAGCAACCAAAGGGAAAAAUUGUGGCCCAAGAAAAUACUUAUAUCACCUACCGCGCAACGUCUAUUCCACAAAAAAUGCACGUAGAGCUACUGCGUGAGAAAAUAUAUACUAUGGCUGAAAUGAUGGUGUUCUACUCAAAUAAGUACGCGGACAAACGUUGUUUAGGAUAUAGAGACUUGCUGGAAGAAUCGUCUGAAGUUCAAGGCACUGGCAAAGUUUUUAUUAAGAAUAAAUUUGGGGAGUACAUUUGGAAAACGUACGCGCAAGUAAACGUCCUUGCUACUUCCUUUGGUCUUGGUCUUCGUGAACUUGGCAAUAAAGCAGGACAAAAUGUAGCAAUUUUUUCGGAAACUCGGCCGGAGUGGAUGAUUGCUGCACAAGGACUUUUCAAACAAAGCAUGCCAAUUGUGACGAUUUAUGCUAACCUUGGAGAAGAAGGCAUUAUUCAUGCACUAAAUGAAACUAAAGUUACCAUCGUAAUUACAAGUCAUGAAUUACUACCAAAACUGAAAAAUAUGUUUAAAAAAUUACCGUUGUUGGAUACAAUCAUUUAUAUCGAACACAAAUUACUAGGAAAUGAACCGCAAAAUAACCUCGGCUGUGGUAAACUGCGCGUUUUGAAGUUUAGAGAUGUUUUAAAACUCGGAUCGAUAUCGAAUGCAACCAACCAAUUUCCAACUGCAUCCUCUACCGCAAUAAUAAUGUACACCAGCGGAUCUACAGGCAUUCCGAAAGGGGUAAUACUGAAGCAUUCCAACUUGUUAGCAACUUUACGCGGAUUUACUGAUUCAGCCCAUUCGUUUGAACUGAAUCAGUCUGAUGUGCUUAUUGGUUUUUUACCACUGGCGCACGUAUUUGAGCUAAUUGUGGAGUGUGUUUGCCUUUGCUCUGGUAUUGCUAUUGGGUACUCUAGCCCUUUUACGUUGAUAGACUCUUCCACUAAGAUUAAAGAAGGGAGCCGUGGGGAUGCGCCAGUAUUACAUCCAACCAUCAUGACAGCAGUGCCUUUAAUCUUAGACAGAAUCUCAAAAGGUAUUGUCGACAAAGUAUCUAAAACGAAUAUCCUUGGACGCAUCUUAUUUAUAUUUGCUUAUGAAUACAAAAAGUUUUGGUGGUACAAAGGAUAUGACACACCUAUAAUCAAUCGGGUGGUAUUUCGCAGGAUAACGAACAUUCUUGGAGGUAAAGUACGACUAAUUUUAUCUGGUGGUGCUCCCCUAGCUCCAGAAACCCACGAACGCAUCCAGUUGUGUCUUUGUGCUAGAGUGGUACAAGGAUAUGGUUUAACCGAAACCACUUCCUGCGCAACCGUAAUGGACGGUCAUGAUCGUACAAUAGGUCGAGUGGGUCCCCCAACAACGAUUUGUGACAUUAGAUUGCAAAAUUGUGACGAAGAAGGUUUCAGCAUCAAGGACAAGCCUUUUCCACAAGGAGAAAUAAUUGUCGGCGGUGACAAUGUAAGCGCUGGAUACUAUGCUCUGGAAAAGCAAACCAAAGAGGAUUUCUUUGAUGAAAAUGGCACACGUUGGUUUAAAACUGGAGACGUUGGACAAGCUCAUGCUGAUGGCGUCAUUAUGAUAAUCGACAGGAAAAAGGAUUUGGUUAAGUUGCAAACAGGAGAAUACCUUUCAUUAGGCAAGGUUGAAAUGGAGCUAAAGUUAUUUCCACUGGUGGACAAUGUUUGUGUUUGUGUGCAACUUCUCGGUGAUAAUUGCGUUGCAUUGAUUGCACCGAAUGAAGCUGAGCUCAAUAAAUUCGCCGCCAAAUUGAACUUCUCUCGUCGAUUUCCGGACGUGUGUGAUGAUCCGGAAUUUAUCAGCGCAGUUCAUAAAAAGAUAAUUGAACACGCAAAAACCCGCAAAUUGGAAAAGUUUGAGAUACCAGUGAAUAUACAAGUUUGUAAAGAAAGUUGGACACCAGACAAUGGCCUAGUGACGGCUGCAUACAAAAUACGUCGUAAAGAGAUCCUAAAAUAUUAUAAAACUGACAUAGAAAAAUUGUUCGCAGUAAAUAAAGCAGAGCAGUGACAA